AUGGACUCAGAAUAUUACAGCGGCGACCAGUCAGAUGAUGGUGGUGCUACCCCAGUACAGGAUGAACGAGAUUCAGGGUCAGACAUUGAGGAUGAUAUAAAUGAACAGCAUUCUGGAUCAGACACUGGAAGUGUAGAACGUCAUUCAGAGAAUGAACCUAGUGAUCGAGAAGAUGGCCUCAUCAGAGGACAUCGUGUGACAGACUCUGAGAACGAUGAACUCCCAAAUCUUAAUGCUAGUGACUCUGAAAGUGAGGAGCUUCACAGGCCAAUAAAUAGUGACUCUGAAUCUGAAGAGCAUCCAGAGCCUCCUGCAAGUGAUUCAGAAAAUGAGGUCAAUCAUCAUGUGAGUGAUUCUGAGAGUGAGGAUACCAGGAAAUUACCUGUUAGUGACUCUGAAAAUGAAGAACUUCUUAAUGGGCAUGCAAGCGAUUCUGAAAAUGAAGAUGUUCAAAAGCAUCCUGGUAGUGAAUCAGAGAUUGAAGAACAUCAGAAAAGUCCUGCUAGUGAUUCUGAGACUGAGGAUGCUGUAAAAACUCAAGUCAGUGAUUCUGAAAGUGAAGAGCCCCCAAGGCAUCAAGGCAGUGACUCAGAAAAUGAGAUGCUCCCCAAACCUCAGGCCAGUGACUCUGAAACUGAGGAGCUUCCCAAACCCCGUAUCAGUGAUUCAGAAAGUGAGGAUCCUCCAAGGCACCAAGCCAGUGACUCUGAAAACGAAGAGCUUCCCAAACCCCACAUCAGUGACUCAGAAAGUGAGGGUCCCCCAAGGCACCCUGCCAGUGACUCAGAAAAUGAAGAGCUUCCAAAACCCCAAAUUAGUGAUUCAGAAAGUGAAGACCCCCCAAGGAACCAGGCCAGUGACUCUGAAAAUGAAGAACCUCCCAAACCCCAAGUCAGUGACACAGAAAGUGAGGAGCUUCCCAAACCCAGAGUGAGUGACUCUGAGACUGAGGACCCACAAAAGGGACAAGCCAGCGAUUCAGAACCUGAGGGUGUUUCCAGGCACAAACAGAAGCAAGAGUCGGAUGAUGACAGCAAUGGGGAAAAUAGGGGAGAGGAUGCAGAAAUGCAAAAUGACUCCUUCCAUUCAGAUAGCCAAACAGAGAGGAAAAGGAUUCACAGUUCUGACAGUGAGGAGGAGGAAGAAUCCAAAAGGCAGAAAUUUGACAGUGAUGAAGAUGAAGAAAAAGAGGGGGAGGAGGAGAAAGUAGCAAAACGGAAAGCAGCUGUCCUUUCUGAUAGUGAAGGUGAAAAGAAAGCAACAGCAAAGAAGAGUUGUGUUGUCUCUGAUGCAGAUGAUUCUGACAGUGAUGUUAUAUCAGACAAAGCAGGUAGAAGAGAAAAGACUGUAACAUCGGAUAGUGAAGAAGAAGUAGGGAAAGAAGAAUUGGCUGAUAAGAAAAAUGAAGAGAAUGAUCUAUUUGGGAGUGAUAGUGAAUCAGGGAAUGAAGAAGAAAACCUUAUUGCGGACAUAUUUGGAGAAUCUGGUGAUGAAGAGGAAGAAGAGUUUACAGGUUUUAACCAAGAAGAUUUGGAAGAAGAAAAAGGUGAAACACACAUAAAAAAUGCAGAAGAUUCAGAUUCUGAUGAUAACAUAAAGAGAGGAAAACAUAUGGAUUUCAUGUCAGAUUUUGAAAUGAUGCUGCAGCGGAAGAAAAGCAUGAGUGGCAAGCGCAGACGCAACCGUGAUGGUGGCACUUUUAUUAGUGAUGCAGAUGAUGUUGUGAGCGCCAUGAUCAUCAAGAUGAAUGAAGCUGCUGAGGAAGACAGGCAGUUAAACAAUCAAAAGAAGCCAGCACUGAAAAAAUUAACUUUGUUACCUACCGUUGUUAUGCACCUUAAGAAGCAGGACCUAAAAGAAACAUUUAUCGACAGUGGUGUGAUGUCUGCCAUCAAAGAAUGGCUCUCACCUUUACCAGAUAGGAGUUUGCCAGCACUAAAGAUUCGGGAGGAGCUGUUGAAGAUUCUGCAAGAGCUACCUAGUGUGAGCCAGGAGACUCUGAAACAUAGUGGAAUUGGACGAGCAGUAAUGUAUCUCUAUAAACACCCCAAGGAAUCAAGGUCCAACAAAGACAUGGCAGGAAAAUUAAUCAAUGAGUGGUCUCGGCCUAUAUUUGGUCUUACCUCAAACUACAAAGGGAUGACAAGAGAAGAAAGGGAGCAGAGAGAUCUAGAACAAAUGCCUCAACGACGAAGAAUGAACAGCACUGGUGGUCAGACACCCCGAAGAGACCUGGAAAAGGUGUUGACAGGAGAAGAAAAGGCUCUUAGACCUGGAGAUCCUGGCUUUUGUGCUCGAGCGAGGGUACCAAUGCCUUCAAACAAGGACUAUGUUGUCAGGCCCAAGUGGAACGUGGAAAUGGAGUCAUCCAGGUUUCAGGGUACGUCCAAGAAAGGUAUCAGUCGACUGGAUAAACAGAUGAGAAAGUUCACAGAUAUCAGGAAAAAAAGCAGAUCUGCACAUGCAGUGAAAAUCAGCAUUGAGGGCAAUAAAAUGCCUUUGUGACCUUGCCUGGAGUGGACCACAUCUCUAAGAAACCCAUAAAAGACUUUGGAGGAAGAAGAUGACAUUUAAAUUUUUUUAAAGUGUGUCUGUAAAUAAAUGGUUGGCUCUGCUUGCAUCAAAUGUUGUCAUAGGACUAGCAGUUUCUCUCAGUUGUAUUUAAAACUGUUGUGUACUUUGUACAGAGGAUUACUAGUCAUAUUGCUAUAAAAUUUACACAAUAAAAUUCCACUUUGGUUUU